AUGACCAGAUCCACAGCACAACUCACCACCCUCCUCCUCCUCGCGGCGCUCGCCGUCGCCUCCGCCAAACCCCGCUCCGCACGCCGCUCCCUCAACGAAGCCGCCGCCGCCUGCGAGUUUGUCACCGUCCCACAGCUCUGCACGUCGCUGGCCGCCAAGUCUGGAGCCACGACGGUCCCGGCCCUGACCGUGGCUGCCGUCAACGAGGCUGCAGCCACCGCGCAAGAAGCGAAGGUCACGGUGGAGAGGAUCACCGCGGCCCCCAUCACCGACGCGAAGCUGAAGGCCAACCUCGAUGUGUGCUGGAAGAGCUACGUGGACUCGCUCGACACCCUGCAGAAGGCGGGCAGUAACCUGCAGACGGGGGCGCCACACAACGAGUUGGUCAGCCACAUCUCGGCCGCCAUCACCUACGUGGGCCACUGCAACGACGCCUUCAGCCAGAACCCCGGCCUGGUGUCGCCGGUGGCGGACGUCACCAGCAUCCUAAAGAAGCUCAUCAGCAACAGUCUUGCCUUGGCCGUGAGCCUACAGUUCCACCACUAAGUAGUAUGCAUGCGUGUGGAACGUCGAGAGAGAGAGAGAGAGAGAGGAAGAAGG